AAGCAUAUUGUUUGUUUGCAUGUGUUACAUUAUGAAUCCAGACACGUUUCUUUCCCUAAAAACAUUUUCACAAAACUCUUCUGUUGUAUAUCUUGGUUUGGCUUAUAAUUUGCUGUUCAUUUCUUCUUCAGGUUUUCUUGGUGUUGAUGCUGAUGGAACAACAGUGUCUGUGAUGGAGGGAGAUUCAGUCACUCUGAACCUUAAUGUUCAAGUAGACCAACAGCACAGAUUUGCGUAUAUGUUUAAUGAUUUUUUCAUCACUGAAUUCUGUGAAGAUCAGCGUAAGAUCUUUGCAGGUGUGGAUUGUAAUGAAGGUACAGAGAGAUUCAGAGACAGACUAAAGGUGGACAGUCAGACUGGAUCUCUGACCAUCACAAACACCAGAACCACAGACUCUGGGCUUAUGUACUACAGAUCCUCCCUAAAAACCUUGUCAUCAGUCAAGAGCCUUUCUCUGUUGCUGUUCAUGGUGUUUCUGCUGCUGAAAGAGAUAAAAUGAAGAGGAAGGCAGUGAAGGAAGGAGAAUCUGUCACUUUAGACACUCGUUUAAUAAAAAAAGCAAAUGAUUUCAUUUUAUGGUAUUUUAAUGACGCUCUCAUCGCUGAAAUCACUGAAGAUCAGAGUAAGAUCUGUACAGAUGUUCAGUGUGAUGAAAGAUUCAGAGACAGACUGAAGCUGGAUCAUCCGACGGGAUCUCUGACCAUCACAAACAUCACAAACACGCACUCUGGAGAAUAUAAACUACUGAUCAACAGCCAAAGAAUCUGCAGAAAACAGUCUAACAACAGCUUCACCAUCACCACCAUUAGGAGAUUCAGUGUUACUAUACAUGGUUUUUUACGCUCUCCAAAUACAAUGUUUGUGCCAGCGGGAAGUUCAGUGACUCUGCACACUGAUUUAAAGUUGAACCGACCGGUUCAGAUUAUAAGAAAAGAUUCAAAUUUUAUAUGGUAUUUUAAUGACAUUCGCAUCGCACAAAUCAAUGGAGAUCUCCGUUAUAUCUGUACAGAUGUUCAGUGUAAUGCAGGCACUGAGAGAUUCAGAGACAGACUGAAGCUGGAUCAUCAGACAGGAUCUCUGAACAUCACAGGUUUCAGACUAGCAGACUCUGGACUUUAUAAACUCAUCAGCAACAGCAGAAUCACUGAACAGAUUGUCAUUGUUUAUGCACAUGGUUUCUACAUUUUUCCAUAUACAGUGUUUGUGAAGGAGGGAGAUUCAGUCACUCUGCACGCUGAUGCUGAAUUGAACCUACAAGAAAAGAUUAUAAGAGAUGAUUCAGAUUUUAAAUGGCAUUUUUAUGACACUCGCAUCGCUGAAAUCAGGAGGUAUCCCAAAUAUAUCUGUACAGAUGUUCAGUGUGCAGAUGGAAAUUGGAGAUUCAGUAACAGACUGAAGCUGGAUCAUCAGACUGGAUCUCUGACCAUCACAUAUAUCAGACCAACAGACUCUGGAUUUUAUAAAGUACAGUUCAAAGGCAGCGGAAAUACAGACAUUCAAAAGGGAUUCAAUGUUGCUGUUCAUGGUUUUCUUGGUGUUGAUGCUGAAGGAACGACAGUGUCUGUGAUGGAGGGAGAUUCAGUCACUCUGAACCUUAAUGUUCAAGUAGUCCAACAGCACAGAUUUGCGUAUAUGUUUAAUGAUAUUUUCAUCACUGAAUUCUGUGAAGAUCAGCGUAAGAUCUUUGCAGGUGUGGAUUGUAAUGAAGGUACAGAGAGAUUCAGAGACAGACUAAAGGUGGACAGUCAGACUGGAUCUCUGACCAUCACAAACACCAGAACCACAGACUCUGGGCUUUAUGUACUACAGAUCCUCCUUACAAACCUUGUCAUCAGUCAAGAGCCCUUCUCUGUUGCUGUUCAUGGUGUUUCUGCUGCUGAAAGAGAUAAAAUGAAGAGGAAGGCAGUGAAGGAAGGAGAAUCUGUCACUUUAGACACUCGUUUAAUAAAAAAAGCAAAUGAUUUCAUUUUAUGGUAUUUUAAUGACGCUCUCAUCGCUGAAAUCACUGAAGAUCAGAGUAAGAUCUGUACAGAUGUUCAGUGUGAUGAAAGAUUCAGAGACAGACUGAAGCUGGAUCAUCCGACGGGAUCUCUGACCAUCACAAACAUCACAAACACACACUCUGGAGAAUAUAAACUACUGAUCAACAGCCAAAGAAUCUGCAGAAAACAGUCUAACAACAGCUUCACCAUCACCACCAUUAGGAGAUUCAGUGCUACUAUACAUGAUGUCUGCAAUAUAAGCUGUAAGGAAGUGACUGGAGAUGUGGGGAAAGAAGUAACUCUCACCUGCAGCGUCUCUCAGAAGCGCCCUGAAUGCUGCAUUAUAAUGUAUAAGUUUCAAUACCCUGAAAAAUAUAAUAACUCAGCAAUCUGUAAACAAGAGUUUCCUCUGGACUCCUGUGAACAGAGAAACAGCUUCACAUGCAGAUACACUCCAACUACAGAAAUGACUGGACAAUUCAGAUUCUUUGUGCAAACAAAGUUUGGAGCAAGAAAAACACAAUUCACUGUGAAUAUAACAGAGCCCAUUAAACCUGAAAUUGUUGCUGAAGAAACUGCUACUAAAGAAUCUGUUACUGUUACUGAAGAAACUGUUACUAAAGAAUCUGUUACUGUUACUGAAGAAACUGUUACUAAAGAAACUGCCACUAAAGAAACUGUUGCUGAAGAAACUGCUACUAAAGAAUCUGUUACUGUUACUGAAGAAACUGUUACUAAAGAAACUGUUGCUGAACAAACUGCUACUAAAGAAACUGCUACUAAAGAAGCUGUUGCUGAAGAAACUGUUACUGAAGCUCUUCCCAAGGAAGGUGUUGGUUUAGAUGGAAAGUCACCCUUUGUAACGGAGGGAGAUUCAGUCAUUAUUCACACUGGUGUUGAAACAAACCAACAGGAAGUUAUUACAUGGAUUUUCAGUGAUACUCGUAUAGCUGAAAUCACUGGAGAUCUCAGUAGGAUCUGUACAGAUGUUCAGUGUAAUGAAGGCACUGAGAGAUUCAGAGGCAGACUGAAGCUGGAUCAUCAGACUGGAUCUCUGAACAUCACAAACAUCACAGACACAGACUCUGGACUUUAUCAACUAGAGAUCACCAGCAAAGAAGGAAUAAUCAGUAAAAAGUACUUCAGUUUUUCUUCAUAUGGAUUUCUUGGCAUUGGUUCAGAUGGAAAGUCAGCCUUUGUAAUGGAGGGAGAUUCAGUCAUUAUUCACACUGGUGUUAAAACAAACCAACAGGAAGUUAUUAAAUGGAUUUUCAGUGAAACUAUUAUUGCUGUAAUCACUGGAGAUCUCAGUAAGAUCUGUACAGAUGUUGAGUGUAAUGAAGGUACUGAGAGAUUCAGAGGCAGACUGAAGCUGGAUCAUCAGACUGGAUCUCUGAACAUCACAAACAUCACAGACACGGACUCUGGACUUUAUCAACUAGAGAUCAUCAACAGCAACAGAAACAAUGUUCCUGCUGCUGAACAAGAUAAAAUAAAGAGAAAGUCCAUGAAGGAGGGAGAAUCCAUAACUUUAAACUCUAAUGUAACAAAUCCAAAUAAUUCGAUGGUGUGGUAUUUUAAUGACACUCUCAUCACUGAAAUCACUGGAGAGCCGAGUAAGAUCUGUACAGAUGUUAGGUGUGAUGAGAGAUUCAGAGACAGACUGAAGCUGGAUCAUCAGACGGGAUCUCUGACCAUCACAAACACCAGAACCACAGAAUCUGGAGAAUAUAAACUGAAGAUCAGCAGCCGCAGAAUGAGCAUUAUCAGGAGCUUCAGUGUUUCUGUCACUACUGUUGUUCCUACAGGAAUAUACACUGCUGUUGUUCCUGUUCUGCUGCUCAAUGUUGCAGUUGCUGUUUUGAUUUACUCUUGCUGGCACCAGAUAAGAAGGAAGUACAACAGGUGGCAGGGCAAUGAUCAGGUGAAUGUUGUUGAAGACUCGUCCCCUGAUCAGAAAGACACUCUGUUGAUGACUUCUGCCAAUCAGAUGUCCCAGACUGAGACUGAGGCUGUCAGUGAGACACCACAGUAACAUUAUUCAUUAUUUUGAUCAUUUUGUUGAUGGGUCAGUAAAGAGAAGAUAGGAUUUAUAAUUUAAAUCAGCAUUAAAGAAAUAAAGAAACAUUGUGAGCAACAGAACAAAGAGAGCUUAAAGUGUUCAGACAGAAACAGUGAGUAAUUAUCCAGUUUUCUGUUCAGUAUUUUUGUUUCUAUCAUUCAUAAUAGCAGCCAUGUCCAGCAAAAUGUUUUGUCCAUUUCUGUUUUCAUAUUUAUAUUCUUUAAUAAUGGACUCUGACCAUGAAUACUGUCUGUACCACCAAUACUGGUAAUGUUACAUCAUCUACGAUUAGCAUCUUGAGCAACACUAGAGAUUUCCUACCACCCAGUGCACUAAAAAAACACUAUUUCAAUACACUUCUAUAGUGUACUUAAAGUGCUCUAUUUUCAUGCACUAAUUUUGAAUUAUUUUGAAUUCACACCAUGAAUAUGAACUAAAAUGUGCUUUUAACAUACUAUCUCUGUAUUUAAAAAUGUAUUUAGUUAAAAGCACAUUUUAGUUCAAAUUCAUGGUGUCUCAAAAUAGCACAGUUGAGUACACUUAGAUGUUCUUAAGAUUAUCUGAAAGAAGAAUUUUUAGCAUAUUAAGUACAAAAUUAAUGCACAAAAAUAGCACUUGAAGUACAUUAUUGAAGUGUACUUCUUUCACCUGGGACUCUAAACUAGUACUUUCAGCAAGAAUUAUUUUAUUUAUGUUUAAGUUGAUAAAGCACUUUGUAUUUGUUUUUUGGGGUGUCAUAGCUUUGUGCUUAAAGGUUUGAAUCACGCAAGUGUUGAUCCAUGAAAACUCACUAUUGUGUCUUUGGUUAAACUUUUAAUCUCAGGAACUGAUCUUGUAAUAACUGCACUGAAAGGACACUGUGGAGAAAAACAGUGACAAAAGAUAUACCAGAUAUAUGUUGUUGUAAUAUAUUGUUAUAUAUUAUGGUGCAUAAUUGUUACUGGCUGCUGCAUAACCAUCUGAAUGUUGUUUUAAUCACAUUUUACAGAUAUGUAUAAACAAACAUGCAUUUUGUAUUAUAAACUACAGACAUUUUAUUUUCCUUCAUUGUGGAAAUGUGAUAAUUGAUUGUUUGUUUUAACAAAUGUGUUGUAAAUUGUAACAAUGUGCCUAUUAAGAAACAUUUGAGAUGCUGAUCAGUUUUUUACUGCCAAGUUUGUGCAUUUCAUGUGAGGAUGAAGAUGUGGACCUGUGGAGCAUUAAAGAAUAUCAUCACUGUGUGAUGGAAGUAAUUGCCUUCACUUGAAUACACAGUCAAUCCUCAGUUUCUCCUGAGGAGCUGCAGAGAGGAGUUUACUGGAACAGGGAAAGUGUUUGACUUCUCUGUUCAAAGUGCUUAUCAUCUGCAGAUCUCUCUGAACUGUGGGGUUCCUGGUGCCUGUUUUCGUAAAUGUCUUCAGAAAAGUCAUUUCAGUGUGUCAGCUUGAGUAAUAAAAGCCUGAACCGUAAACUCAGUAGAA